AUGGAUAAAGUACUGCGUCCUGAACGCCUAGAAACCGAUCCAAAUAGCAGCACGGCCCAGAAGGAAUGGCUCCAUUGGAAAAGGACCUUCGAGAAUUUCGUACAAGUUCUACCUCAGACGGGCCUGGACAAGUUGACCGUUUUAACUAACUUUGUUUCUCCAACACUCUUCCAACACAUCGAAGAUUGUACGGAAUACGAUGCAGCAAUUGAGGCGCUACAAGCCCUUUAUGUUAGACCACGGAAUGAGAUCUUCGCUCGCCAUCUACUUGCAACGAGACGCCAGCAACCAUCGGAAAGCUUAGAUGAGUACUUGCAAGCUCUGAAAACACUGAGUAAGGACUGUGAUUUUAAGAGUGUAACCGCAGCGCAGUACAGCGAAGAGAGCAUACGGGAUGCGUUUAUUACAGGUCUGCAAUCCAACACAAUCAGGCAACGAUUGUUGGAGAACAAAACACUUGAUCUAAAGACCAUGUUUGACCAGGCUCGAGCUCUGGAGUCAGCUAUGAGGAGUUCAGAAUCAUAUGGAGCACCACAGAUACCUAUAAAUGCAGCACUACCUUGUAACAGCACCUCAUUGUCAGCAGAACAGCCUGACGAGUCUACUGUAGCUACAAUGAAACUCGAUAAAGCUACUUGCUUUUUCUGUGGAAACAAGAAACACCCUCGACCGAAGUGUCCUGCCCUGGAGGCUAUUUGCAACAAGUGUCAAAAGAAAGGCCAUUUUGCUAAAGUUUGUAAAGGAAAGGCGGUUCCAAAAGAAAGAGUUUCGGCAGCAACUUGGUCCCCGAUACUCGCCACAUUGACAGCUAACCCACCAAAAUCCCUCUCUAAAUCAUGUGGUGUCGUCAAUAUCCAAGGAUUGCAAGUCAAGGCCCUGUUUGACAGUGGGAGUAGUGAAAGCUAUAUCCAUCCCAGUCUAGUAGAGCAAGCAAGUCUGACAGUCCAGCCCUCAUCUAGUACCGUAUCCAUGGCAACCUCCUCGACAGGCGCCAUCAAGGUUAGUGGUACUUGCACAGUUGAUCUUACCUACCAAGGACGGAGAUAUGAAGGCCUCAAGUUUUCUGUACUCCCUGGGCUAUGUGCAGACCUCAUAUUAGGAGUAGACUUUCAGUCAAAGCACGAAAGUGUCAUCUUCCAGUACAAGGGCUCCGAACCGCCCCUCUCCGUCUGUAGCUUCAGCACUCUGAAUGUAGACCCGCCUGAGCCAUUUGCAAACCUGACAGCAGACUGUCAUCCUAUUGCCACAAAGUCACGCCGCUACAGCCAAGAAGAUUCCACGUUCAUUGAUGAAGAAGUUAAGAGGCUGCUUAAUGAAUGA